GGAAAAUCGAAACGUCACCAACCACAGUCAACAGUCGCGGCGCCAUGUCCGAUACCUCUGAUAAUCAGCCUGAGGUUGCUCUCUUCGGCGACGACGACCUGGAAUCCGAAGAGAUCAUCAGCACAGACGACCGCGGCGGCAGUACCGAAGAGAACAAGCUGGACGAAGCCAUGGGGGUGCUGCAAAACGUGCUGAUCGAUCCUGACUUUGUCCAGAUGCAGACGGACUUUUGUCAAAAGCAUUGCGAGUACUUCGACGACGCCAGCGAAAACAAGCUCAUCUAUAUGGACCUGUUCAAGGAGUACACGCUUCUGAUCGAAAACUACCUCGAAGCGCGUUUGCAGGCUGAAAUCGAAGACUUUACCAUGGACGAACUGUGUCAAAUGAUUCAAGACCACGAAGAUGAAAUCGCGGGGGAUGUGGUGGAUAUCCUCAUGAGUUGUGCGGAUUUCGACGAGUUCAAGAGCCUCAUGCUGUCGUUCAAGCAAAACGAUCAAGCCGUAUUUGAAAUCCAAGGCGACAGUCUCAUCUGCAACUAACCAGCCUACAUGACCCGACAGCAACAUCCAUACCGCACCCGGUGCAUGCUGGGGUCGAUCUGAGGAACAGCCGCAUCGUCCGAGAUAGCAUUGAGCUGAACCUACAUAUAUAGUGAAUACAGAAUACCAUACCCAUACAUGAAAUGAUAGCCUCUGG